AUGGCACGUCUAUCCAAGGUUGCUUUCAUUACCCUUGGCUCCCUGAGCGGGGUGAAUGCUUGGGGCUCGUUGGGUCACGCAACAGUUGCCUACAUUGCCCAGAACUACGUUUCAUCCAGCACUGCAUCAUGGGCGCAAGGUGUGCUCGGAGACACUUCUACCUCAUACCUAGCGAACAUUGCCUCCUGGGCUGAUACGUACCGUUCAACCACCGCUGGCAAAUGGUCCGCGCCUCUUCACUUUAUUGAUGCUGAGGACAACCCUCCAACCAACUGCAACGUGAACUACACCCGUGAUUGUACUAGCUCUGGCUGUUCUAUUUCUGCAAUUGCAAACUACACCCAGCGUGCAGGUGAUGGCCGGCUCACCACUGCAAACGUUGCCGAAGCUCUUAAAUUCCUAGUCCACUUCCUGGGCGAUGUCACUCAGCCACUGCACGAUGAGGCCUAUGAGGUUGGUGGAAAUGACAUCGACGUCACCUUUGAAGGUUACAGCGACAACCUUCACUCGGAUUGGGACACAUACAUGCCCGAGAAGCUGGUCGGCGGCAGCUCGCUCACCUAUGCUCAGACUUGGGCCAAUACACUGAUCAGUGAGAUUGACUCGGGUAGCUACGAGUCCGAGGCUGCUAGCUGGAUUGCAGGAGAUGACAUCAGUGAUGCCAUCACUACUGCUACUCGAUGGGCAUCGGAUGCUAAUGCCUACGUCUGCACUGUUGUCAUGCCCGAUGGAGCUGCUGCUUUGCAAACUGGCGAUCUCUACCCUACCUACUACAACACUGUUAUUGGAACUAUCGAGCUUCAGAUUGCCAAGGGCGGAUACCGCCUGGCUAACUGGCUUAACAUGAUCUAUAGCAAUGAUAUCGCUAAGCGGGACCUCGAAGGUUUUGUCAACAAGGCUCGGAGCGAGUCCCCGGAUCUUAUGGGUCGGGAUCUGCUUCCUGCACUUGGCCCAUUGAGCCGUUCUCAGAUAGCUCGAGCUGCUAUGGGAGAAGAUUGCUGCAAAUCCACCAGGCAUGCUCAUUAA